ACCACUCACCACCUCCAUACGCCUCCAUUCCAUAGACAAUACUCCUGUGACACAACAAAGCUGUGAAUUUAUUUUCUGCUCAAUAUAAUUAUAUUAUCUUAGUCAACCAUGGAGGAUGUAGACAAGAUCAUCAUUCAUUCUCUUCGACAAAUUGGAUGUGAACUUGAUGAUGAUAUAAGAAGCAUUGGCCAAUUCACCACAGAAGUUGUCGUCGAGGCAACAGCAAGGUGCCUCAGGAGCAUCAACCCUGAGAUUGAGGCUCCUUUGAAUAUGCCCCAAUCAAUGUCGGUGCGAUUCAGAAUUGGGGCGACUCUAGCCCAGGCUUGUCAAGACCUUGGGUACAAGGGAGAUAUUGGCUACCAAACAUUCCUGUAUUCAACCGAGGCUGAUAUUAGAAAAGUUCUCAUGUUUCUCAUCGAGCUCCUGCCAAAGGAAUCUGAAAAAUUGCCGGAUGUUCCAUUAGAAAAGAAUUAUCAUUUCAAACAAAUGGUUACGAAAACUCUUCGACAUCAGCUCUCAAAGCCUUGGCUUCCUCUAAAAUGCCGAAGAAGAGGAGUUACUAUGAUGGCAGAUAAAUCCCCAUACGCAGAUAUAUUGGCCAUCAACAGUUCCAAGUUUGAUAGUGUACCACUCUGCAUUGACCGAUCCAUCAAUGGACAGAUUCAGAGCAUUCAACAACUUGUGCCUACAAUUCUUACACUCAACUCAAUGUCAAACAGCACUUCAGAACAGGUGCAGGUGCAAGCAUUUACCAAAGACUGGAGCACAAUAUUCGCUUUGGAAAAACCAGCACUGCCUCCCAAACCAAAAUUUUUGAAGAAGGUGGAGGAGCCGAUUAACGCAACAGAAGAGCAAGAAGUUUUGGUUAUGGAAACAACAGAGGAAAUAAAGAGAGAAGAGGUGGUGCUGCAAGAACUUGAAGAGGAAGUGUCAAAUCUCUUGAUCCAGAUUGAAAGUGAGCAGGGUGAAUUGAAAGAAGGAAAAUCAAAACUCUCAGAGACUGAAAAGCAAUCCAGAGUUCUGGAACAGCAGCUAAAAAACAGAAAUGAAAAACUUUUAACGGAGAGAAAAGUAUUCAAACUGUUGCCAGAAGCGGACGAAAAUAUAAAAAGAUUGGAUGUUUUGAUAAAUGAAGAGUUGAAAAAGCUGCUAUCACUGGGUGCAAAGUGGGACAAACGUCGAGCCCCACUGAUCGAUCAAUACAGAGACAUGAGACAAAGCAGUUCUCAUCAUUUUACUGAAGCCCAAUUGCAAGCAGAAAUUGCUAGGAGCGUUGAACAAAAGUUACAGGAACUCUCGAUUGAAGUAAAAGAAAAAGAGCAGCAGCAAAGUAGGCUCAAAAUAGAGUAUGAAAAACUGAGUAAAGAUAUUUCAAGGUCUUCAUACACGAGGAGGAUUUUCGAGAUUAUUGGCAAUAUUAACAAGCAAAAAGAGGACAUAAACAAAAUUUUGGCUGACACCCGCUUCAUCCAAAAAGAUAUCAAUCAACUCACUGGCAGGCUGGACAGAUCUUUUGCAGUGACAGAUGAGAUGAUUUUCAAGGAUGCGAAACGAGAUGAAACUGCACGAAAUGCUUACAAGCUCUUGGCCACUCUGCACAGUGACUGCUCCAAGUUAGUCAAGCUGGUGGAAGACACUGGCUCAAUUAUGAGGGAAAUCAGAGAUCUAGAGGACCAGAUUGAGACAGAAAAUGCCAAGAACAUUUCAGCUAAUCUGGAACGGAUCACAGCAGACUUGUUACAAAUGCAGAAAGAGAGCGCCGCCUUGCAAGCUCAGCUGAAAUCGCUAUCAUAAUUAGUCUUUAAAUGGUUAUGUUAGUUAUAAUUAUAUUAUUUGAUCAUAUUCAAAUAUUGUUUCCACCAUUGCAUUCCAAAGUGGUGUCCAAAAUGUGUAUGAGAAGCGCAAUCAAUAAUAAUAUUCUAUUCUCUA